GGCGUAGCGAGGUGUAGCUAGUUCGGUGUCUUCAUAGCUACAGCUGUGAUGGGCUAGGUAUACUAUGAGUACUCCUCAUCCAUUUUGCAAUAAUUAUCUGCAGCCUGGCAGUGAGGACGCCGUUAAGAAGGCAGAAACUGCAGCUGUCGCACAAAUUACAAGUUACGACUCUCCAAAAGCACUUUUAGCUCAUUCUCGAACUCGAACCCUUGAAGUAUUUCGGAUGCUUGUACCCCUGAGUCUGUGAUUGCCACAAACUUCCUUCAAAUAUCGAGCUAGUGAGGGAGGAGGCCAGGCCAGCACAAGAGGACCUGUAAUUCACUGUAUACAGCACCAUCUUCUGGGCUGAGAUGUUUGUCGCCUACAGGAGUGUCGUCAACAUUUCAGUUUGUGGUCAUGUGCACAAAUGGCGAUUCUACAGCAGGAUAAUGCAACACCUGCAUGAGGAGGAGUACAGGCAGGCGAAGUACCUUGCUGGGCUGCCCAUCGUUCAUCAUGAGAAGUAUGUGUGUCCCCUUCCCCCCAACCACCGAUUCAAGAUGAUGAAGUUUCAUUAUCUGUAUGAGAUCCUUUUAAGAGAUGGUGUCAUAAAAAAAGAUAAGCAGGUAAUACUGCCUCAAAAAGUAAGCAGAGAACUUGCAUCAGCAGCACACUCACAACUCUAUGUGGACAAGUUCUUUGAUGGAGAAACAUCAGCUGCAGAACAGCGGGUAACAGGAUUUGUUUGGACACCAGGACUGGCCAGCCGAGUAAGAUACGAAACAGGUGGGACUUGCCUGGCGGCCAAACUCAGCCUAGAGUGUGGCCUGGCAUGCAGCACUGGUGGCGGCACUCACCAUGCCUAUCCAGACCAUGGCUCAGGCUACUGCCUUAUCAACGACCUGGCUGUGGCGGCGUAUCAUCUUUUACAGUCUGGGAUGGUUGACAAGGUUCUGAUAGUUGACUUAGAUGUUCACCAGGGUGAUGGAACUGCAGCUAUAUUCCAAGAUCAGCCAGAUGUAUUCACCCUCUCCUUCCACUGUCAAAACAACUUCCCACUUCGGAAACAGAAGAGUGACCUUGAUGUCGGACUGGCGGUGGGCACUAAUGACAAGGAGUACCUCAACACCCUUGCUAAAUACUUACCUGACAUCAUGGACAGUUUUCGACCUGAUAUUAUCCUUUAUGAUGCUGGAGUUGAUCCUCAUGAGAAGGAUGAACUUGGCAAAUUGAAACUGAGUGAUGAUGAACAUGAGCACUUUGAAGUUUUACUUUCAAAAUGAAAUACAUAGUUAUUUUACUUAAACAGCACUUUUCAUUAGGGAAGAGAUGGGAUCAACAUUAAAUUUCAAGGUUUUUUUUUUCAAGUUUCUAAGGUAAAGGUAUGAAAACUAUAAUUAAAUUUUCAUACUUUCCAUUCAUAGGUUAUCUUUUUGAACAUUUGAUUCUGUGACAUACACUAAACAACUCUGUGAUUAUACUUUUUUCCUUGUGGCAUUAUGAAAUAUUGCUAUUUUUUUAUAUUAUAAGCAUCAGAGAAAUACAUAUUAUUUUAGUGAAUUUAUCUUAUUUUUUUUAUACAUUGUAAGGUUUUUAUUUUUGAAGUUUAAUAUAAGUUUUGCAAAUGAAAUGAGAUUCAAGUUCAGUGGCUUUAUUUUUUAUACAUUCUUAAUAGUGUAACCCUUCAUAACUUACAUAAGUAUCCAGAUAAUUUAUUGAUUUAUAUUGUUAAUCUGCAGGGCUUUAUCUUCGUGACACGUUUGUCUUAAGGGAAGCAGUGUGCCGAGGCAUCCCAGUCACCACUGUAAUAGGCGGCGGGUAUGAUGAGAUAAUGAGACUCUCAGCAAGACACACAAUCAUUCACCGUGUUGCCCAGCAAAUGUGGAACACUUAUCUCUGACUAUUCUGUCUCUCCAUCUAUUAUAAUGCUUAUUCACUGUCUUCCUCUCUGUUGUAGUGACAGUUGCUUGAAACUGAUGAGUGGCCACAACAAAAGAGGCUCCACUUAUACCUGUAUAUAUCCUUCAUCCAUGCACACUAUCUUUACUUUUUUUUUUGUUGUAGUGACAACUAGCAUAAAUUUGGUAGAGAUCCUCCUUUCAUUAUGUAUGUAUUAUGCUUCCUUGAAACUAAUAAUUUAUCAGAAUUUUUGAGAAAUAUAGCAAAUAAAACAAAAUGAAAUUAUGUAAGAUAUCAUACCAACAAUUCAUCCAUCACAGGAGAGGGUAUAGCUUGGCUUCACCUUGUAUGACCGAUGAAAAAAAAAAAAAAAAAAAAAAAAAAAAAAACAUGCAAUGGUAUUCCACCCAUGCUAUGGAAGGUAGCUAAAAAAGACGUAGAGUGGGGACUAGGGAUCCCCUUUCUAUGCAUCAUUAUUCCUACAGGAGGUGUGAUGUCUUGUCUUGACUAUCCCCUCUCACCUUGGUACAUGCACAGGUGUUUGCAGUGUACAGAUUUUGUAAUCCAUUAUUUCUGUUCCAAUGAUUCUGCUAGUUUUUGUAUAUUGCCUGGAAAAAAAAAAAGGACCACAUUUCAGUUCAAGGAACAACUAUGCAAGAAUACAAUAUAUAUAAUUUUCUCUUUGGAAAAUACUAUUAUGUAACAUACACAUUUACAUGUAUGAAACGUAAGUUGCUAAGCAGACUUUAUUCAGUUCUGAAUUUAACCAGUUUCAUGUUACUUUUAUCUCAGCAAGAUAACACUAAAAGUGGCCAUAAUUUAAACAUUAGAAAUCAAGGAUGCUUAACAAUGCUUCA